CUCCCUCGUUGAGUGCUUGUUAGAAGCCACGGCUCCGCCUUGGUUUCACCCUCUCCCCGUACCUCGGUGCCGACGGAAUCAAGUGUUCGUCCAUCUGGUACUCAUGCUCUUGUUGUUGUGACUGUACGCGCAGCUGUAUCACUACAUGGCACGCAACAUGACUGGAGCGGAAGCUCGCACAAGAGCGAUGGCACGUACCGUGGUGGUGUUGUGGAUUUGCUGUGUCGUGUGCUGUGCCGCGAACGAUGUCACAGAUGAGAGACAGAAGGUCAUUUUAGUGCUUGUAGAUGGUUGUCGCUGGGACUACUUGGAGGAACCUGGAUUGCUUGGAUUCCGCACUCUGGCUGAGAAUGGUGUGAAAGCCGAAUACGUACUGCCUGUCAUGCCGAGCAGUUCCUACCCCAAUUGGUACUCCAUCGUCACAGGACUGUACCCCGAAAAUCACGGUUUCGUGAGCAACAUCAUGUACGACGAGAUCCACCACGACUUCUUUCUUAUGGCACCUGACGCGAACGCGUCCUUACCGCACUGGUGGAACCACGCUGAACCCAUCUGGAUCACGGCUGAGAAGCAUGGCCGACGCACGUCUAUGUACUGGUGGGACGGAUGUCAGGUUGUCAUCCGGGGUCGCAAACCAACACACUGCGCCCAGUACAUCAGCUACUGGCAAUGGACCACCGCGAACACGGACUACGGUUAUGCCUUUACCCACAUCCUGGACAAGCUCGAGAAUAAUGAGGUCGAUAUGGUGAUGGUCUAUUAUGAAGGAGUGGACGCGCAAGGUCAUGCCUCCGGGCCGGACUCAAUUAGACGCAAAGAAGCACUAAAAAGCAUCGAUACUUUACUGUUGGGGUUGCAAGAGAAGAUGCAGAAGAGGAAGCUAUACGAUAAGGUAAACUUGGUGGUGGUAUCUGAUCACGGAAUGACAAACAUAGACUCCGACCACGCUAUGACGAUCGACAUUGCUCCAUACAUAGACCUCAACGACGUCCAUUCAAUCCUGGACUCUGGAGCGUUUUCGAUGAUAAGGCCGUACAUCGACAAGAUAGAAAAGGUGUACAAGAGCUUGGUAGACGCCCGAAUUCCCGGUCUUCGCGUCUACAAAAGGAGGGACCUGCCCGAAGAGUGGCACUUGAAGGACUCUUACUUAACGCAACCUAUAGUAAUUGCAGCUGACAAGGGUUACAGCAUUAAGAAACUACCCAAGCCUGACUUCAGCAAGGGCGCCGAGAGCAAGUCCUACCGCGGUGGACACGGCUACGACCCUGUGCAAGUGGAGGAGAUGAGAACCAUUUUCUUGGCAAGGGGACCUGGUCUCAAGAAGGGAUUUGUAAGCCCGCCUCUGAAUCAGGUUGACCACUACAAUAUGCUUUGCAGCCUCUUGGGAAUUCCACCAAACAAGAACGACGGCAACAUGGAAGCAGCGUUGAACCUUCUGUCCGGCAGUAGAGCACUGCGUGCCAGCCUCAUCGUAUCUAUUUUCCUGCCAUUCGUGUUCAUGUUCGUUUUCAAAAGUUAGUAGUGGCCUGACUUUGGUUUUUCGGGUACGCUCAUUGAUUUUGAACACAAUGUGAAAUUAAUCAUUCUGAGGUGUAUAGAAAUGCAGAAUAGCUAACCCGGAUAGAUAAGAGGUGAAACAGCGCGUGGCUUUUGCUGUGGCUGAUGUAAAGCUGAUCCCAUUGAUGCACUCGCAAGCGCCAGAUUGCGAGAGCAGUGUCCAGUCCACAGCCAAUGCUUCUGCUCUCUGUACUAUAUCCAUCUCUAGCGCAUGUCAUCCUGCAGACGUGCGAAAACAUCACUGUCAAGCGAGGUGUCAUGCUCAAGACGUUUGUGUCGUAACAUCUCCCAACAUUGUAGUUGCAGUUAGUAGAAAAUAAAAGUAUCAACAGGAUCAGCACCAAGUAAGAUACCUACGCA